AUGGCUCCAAAAGCAAAGGGCGGCGAUCAGCCCAAGAAAACGAAAGCCACAGUGGAUGACAAGACCUUUGGCAUGAAAAACAAAAAGGGUGGCAGUGCGAAAAAACAAAUUGCACAGCUCCAAGCGCAGGCCAAAUCAAAUAAGACUCCUGAAGAGAAGAGGAAAGAAGCCUUGAAGGAGCAAAGAGAAAAAGAGAAAGCCGCCGCGGAGGCGGCGAAAGCAGAAGCUGCGGAACUGUUCAAGCCGCUUCAGAUCCAGAAAGUGCCCUUUGGCGUCGAUCCCAAGACUGUGCUGUGCCAAUUUUUCAAACAAGGCCAUUGUGAGAAGGGGAAGAAAUGCAAAUUCAGCCAUGAUCUCGACGUGGGCAAAAAGGUCUCGAAGAGGGAUGUGUAUCAAGACACUCGGGACCAAGAGUCAGAGGACAAGGAGAAGGACAAGAUGGAUGAUUGGGACGAAGAGAAGCUACGCAAAGUUGUGCUCAGUAAACACGGCAACCCACGGACAACGACGGACAAGGUGUGCAAAUAUUUUAUUCAAGCGGUCGAAGACGGUAAAUAUGGCUGGUUUUGGACAUGCCCCAACGGAGGAGAUAAAUGCAUGUACCGACACAGUCUGCCACCUGGCUUUGUAUUAAAGACUAAGGAACAGAGACGUGCUGAGAAGGCUCUGAUGGACAAGUCGCCGAUGAACACACUGACGUUGGAGGACUUCCUGGAGUCAGAACGUCACAAAUUAAGCGGAACCCUAACUCCUGUGACGCCGGAAACAUUCGCAAAAUGGAAGAAAGAGCGUCUGGACAAGAAGGCUGCCGAAGAUCAGGCUCGGCAGGCCAAGGAGGCCACCGGCAGAGCCAUGUUUGAAAGCGGGAACUGGAAGGAUUCGGAAGAUGAGGACGACGAAGAUGACGAGGACGAUGAGGGGGGCGAUCAGGACGCAUGGGACCUUGAGAACAUGCGCAAAGAAACAGAGAGGCUGCGGACGCAGCAGGAAGAAGACCGAUUGGCGAAGGCAAACGGUGAACCGGUGCCGGAUCGAAACAUCGACACAAACAGCCACGCGGAUGAAGGUGACGGCGAUACUGGAGAUGGCGAUGGCAACGGAGAAAGCAGUGCUGGGCAGAGCUGA